GUGAACCGCAGUGACUUCAUGCCUCCUGCAUCUGCAUAGAUAGGCGGAGUUGCAACUUUGGUAGGAACUUCCAAAUUCCAAGAAAUGCAAAGGCGAUGCAGUACAGGAUGAAGCGCACCGUUACCGGAGAAGAGGAAACCCAUUAUUUCUCUAUGAGAGAGUGAGGAAAUCGCAGACACGCAGAACUAUGCUCAUGUUCCCCACCACGCUCUGGAUGCCUGGCUUGGUACGCGUCGCGUAAUCUAGGUACCAAUAUGUUGAUGCAAACCGGCUGAAUAAAGAGAAACUCAGGACCCCCCCCCACACACACAGAGAACCUCUAUAAUAGCAGCACAUUGUGAGUAUAGAUGAUGAUUUCUUCUGUCUGCCAGCAUGAGGUCCAGUGGAGUACUGAAUAGCCUCAGUGGUGCCCCGGCCUCGUGACUGACCUGUUUGAAAGCCCAGUCCAUGGUUCUGUGGAGCAGCAUCCAGGCCGAGCGGCAGGCAGCCUCGGUGGCCGCCAUGUUCGAAUACUAAUCGUCCUAGCAAAGCAGAGCCAUGACCAGCUUAAAGCGAUCGCAGACAGAACGAUCUGUCGGAGGUUCUGUUCCCGCCACGGAUGAGUUUUAUACUCGCCGCCUGCGCCUGCCCAAUGGAGGGGCGCCGCCCCCUCGCAGCGAAAGUGCCCACUUGUCUGGGUGCACACCUGGGGUGCCGAAAAUGGGUGUACGGGCUCGAGUGGCUGACUGGCCUCCACGUAAGGAUGGAGGAGGUGUGUGGCACAUUACCGUGGAAACUGACUCCCCCAGCACCGUCGGAGGGACACCGAGUAAUCUUUCAUCUAAACUUGGCCACUUAGUCAGCCCUCAGGACUCGUCCAUGCUGCGCAACAUCCAGAAUACGCUCAAGAGCAAGAUGCAAAGUGCCAGCCGUGGGAAGGACAACCGCUUCCUGUCCCCCGAUGGCUAUCUCGGGUCCCCUCGCAAAGGCAUGCGGCGCAUCCGACAACGAAGCAACAGCGACAUCACCAUCAGUGAGCUGGAUGGAGAUGGGGCUGAAGGAUGGUCCUUUUCGGGGUGGACCCCCAUGCAUAGGGAGUAUGGCAGCACAUCCUCUAUCGACAAGCAUGGCUCCGGGGAAAGCUUUUUUGACAUGCUCAAGGGUUACCAUAGUGACCUACCAGACCAGCGUAGUUCAGUAUCUGAAAAACUGGGGGAGUUGUUUAGCAUAGCCCCCAAACUGGCGGGGUUAGACCUCCCUGAAGGACCAAUAGGUGUCCAGAGAGGUAGCCCCUCGAGUCGCUUAAAGGAGAGGGAGAAGCCCCUCAAAAAGCGAUCAAAGUCAGAAACAGGAGGCGAGUCCAUUUUCCGGAAAUUACGCAGCGCUAAAGGGGAUGGCUGUGAUUCCCGAGCCGGAUCGGAUGCAGAGGACGGCCGGUCUGAGGAUGGCGGCCCGCCUGCCAAGCCGUGGGUCUGCCAGAAGGGCUUUGCACAUUUUGACAUUCAGAGCCUCUUCUUUGACCUGAACACAGCCACUCAAAGUGGACAAGCGGCCAUCAAGCGCAAGAAUAUGACCACUGGCGCCUCGGCUGCCGCAGCUGCCUCCGCCUCUACUACCUCAUCGACCUCCUCUGUCCAAAGUGGGGCAUCCAGCUCCCCCUGUGGCAGCCAGGAGGAGCUCAGCUUAAAGGACAGCCCCACCCUCGACCCCGGUGACGACAAGAGUAAUGAGCUUUUGCUCAGCUGUCCCUGCUUUCGCAAUGAGAUUGGGGGCGAGCUUGAGCGAGAUAUCAGUCCCUCCAAGGCAGGCAGCAUCGGCAGUGGGGGAUCCGCAAGUGGAGAGGACAGCCCCUUUGAGUCCUCGCUCAGUUCCCGCUGCCCCAAUGCUGCGUUAGCCAUCCUGGAGGCCCCCAAGGACAGUCAGGGCAUGUUUAAUGAGUGGGGGAAACGCUACUUUUUGGAACACGUGGACCUGGGCUCUUGUUACUAUAGGAAGUACUUCUACUUAAGAGAGCACUGGAACUACUUCGGGAUAGAUGAGACACUAGGACCAGUGGCCAUGAGCCUUCGCAGGGAGAAGCUGGAGGACCACAAAGACCACGGUCCGCAGUAUAACUACCGCAUCAUCUUCCGUACCAGUGAGCUGACAACACUACGGGGGUCCAUCCUUGAAGAUGCCGUGCCCUCGUCCUCCAAGCAUGGUAUGCCACGAGGCUUACCUUUGAAGGAGGUUCUGGAGUACCUAGUACCGGAGAUGAACACGCACUGCCUGCGAUUGGCCCUUAACACACCUAAGGUCACCGAGCAGCUUAUGAAGCUGGAUGAGCAGGGGCUUAACUUCCAGCUAAAGGUUGGGGUGAUGUACUGCCUGGCAGGGCAGGGCAGCGAGGAGGAGAUGUACAACAAUGAAGCAGCAGGACCAGCCUUAGAAGAGUUCUUGCAGCUGCUGGGGGAGCGUGUAAGACUCAAGGGCUUCACCAAGUACCGCGCUCAGCUCGAUACAAAAACGGACUCCACAGGCACACAUUCACUCUUCACCACCUACAAGGACUAUGAGAUCAUGUUCCAUGUGUCCACCAUGCUGCCCUACACGCCCAACAACAAACAGCAACUCCUGAGGAAGCGACAUAUUGGGAAUGACAUUGUCACCAUCGUGUUCCAGGAGCCCGGCGCCCAACCCUUCACCCCUAAAAACAUCCGCUCCCAUUUUCAGCACGUAUUUGUCAUUGUCCGUGUGCACAACCCCUGCUCAGAAAGUACCUGCUACAGUGUGGCUGUCACACGGUCGAAGGAUGUACCCUCUUUUGGGCCCCUUAUACCCAAGGGUGUGACUUUUCCCAAAUCAUCUGUGUUCCGGGACUUUUUGCUCUCUAAGGUGAUCAAUGCCGAAAACGCUGCCCACAAAUCGGAGAAGUUCCGGGCCAUGGCUACACGAACACGUCAGGAGUAUCUGCGGGACCUCGCAGAACACCAUGUGACAAGCACGCCUAUCGACUCCUCUGGCAAAUUCCCCUUCAUCUCACUGGCUCACAAGCGCAAAGAGAAGAGUCGGCCCUACAAUGGGGCAGAACUUCGAAGUCUGGGUGCCGUCACAUGGUCUGUGCUUGCAGAAGACCAUAGCACGGGUGGCCAGCUGGACUGCCUGUUGGCUAUAUCCAAUGAAUUUCUUGUCCUCCUGGACACUGACGCUAAACUACUGGUGUUCAACUGUCUAGUGCAGGAUGUGAUUGGCUGGACACAAGUCAAUGCCACCUCCAUGAAGAUCUUCUACGAGCGUGGUGAAUGUAUCUCUCUGCGCUCCGUCAACAAUAACACAGAAGACUUUCGUGAGGUCAUUUUGCGUCUGGAGUUACUGACCAAAGGCUGUAUGACUAUGGAGCUGACCCUGCGGCGGAACGGUCUGGGCCAGCUGGGGUUCCACGUCAACUACGAGGGCAUCGUGGCUGAGGUGGAGCCCUACGGCUACGCUUGGCAGGCAGGCCUGAGGCAGGGCAGCCGCUUGGUGGAGAUCUGCAAGGUGGGAGUGGCCUCUCUGUCCCACGAGCAGAUGAUCGACUUGUUACGCACCUCAGUCACAGUGAAGGUCGUGGUCAUCCCUCCACACGAGGACACUACACCACGCAGAGGCUGCACGGAGAUGGCCCAUACGGCUGGUGAGCACAAGGCCACGGAGGGCGUUCCAUAUGAAUGCAAGUUCCCCUUCCGCAGCAACAACAACAAGUGGCAGCGAACAUCCAACAGCCCCCAGCAGUCCCUCACGGCUUCCCCGCAGAGCCACGGGGGCACACCUAGCCGUACCGUUAGCCUCGGGGGUAGCAUGGGGAAGGCUCUGUCUGCGGAGCGCCCAGAGAGGGUACCCGCCAUUCCCCGCAGUGUUUCCAGCGAUGGACGACCUCUUGACCCAAAAAGGAUUUCUCCAAGCUCGGAUUCCUACGCCCUUUCCCCAGCCAUGAUUGCGGGCCGCUCCUCUCAUAAUCGCCUGUCUCCCAGUAGCCUCUCCUUCUCCAGUGAUGCCAGUUCUGGAAGCUCCGCCCACUGGCGGCAAAAGUCUAUGCCUGAAGGAUUUGUGAACAACCGACCAUCUUCACUCUGUCUGGACCCACAAAGCACUGGAGAGACAGGCGGUGGUGGACGGACCACAGGCAAUCGGCUGCGAGUGGAGGAGGGCGGGCCGGCGCCUGUAGCAGAGAGAGGUUCAGGAGACCUGCCAGUCAGUAAGUCUGGCCAGCCCUACUCCGGUGCCCCCCGGAUUCAGAGACAGGAGCAGGUCAUACAUAUCUCCCCCAAGAAAAUUAGCCAGAGUGACGCGUCAUACUCCGGGCACUCCAGCAGCACUACAAUGUCCAGCAACACAUCCAGUAGCACACACAGUGAGGACAAAUGGUAUGAAACAGGCAGCAUGGGGGAGCAGUCUGACCCCGACCAUAGCGGCUAUGGGGGCGAUGGCCUGCAGGACGGUAGCACUGAUGGUACAUCUUGUGGGGCCAUCCAUGGCGCUUCUAGUUCCAUCCUGGUCACUGGGUCUGUACCCCCAAAGGAGAGACCUUCCUCAGCCUGGCAGCCCAGCUCCUCAGAGGGAAGCCGUCGCCAGCUGGAGCGGUCCCUGCAGGUUGCAGAGUCCUCGAUUCCUCCAGGGGCAAUCGAGCCUGCAUCCCGAGCCCCAUCCAGCCUCAUCAGCAUGGCCUCCCAGUCAAGUUCCAGACGCUGUGGUAGUCCCCUGGUCCUGAAAUCUAGCCGCAGUACUCGUGAAGAUUCAUCUCUGGCUGCCUCCUCUUCACAAAACUCUGCCAUGCAGGGGCCAAAAUCCUUUUAUCCAAGACAGGGUGCUACCAGCAAGUACUUGAUUGGCUGGAAGAAACCAGGUGGCACCAUAAACUCUGUGGAUUUUGGGGACACACGCAAGCGACCCCAGAGCGAUGGGCAGGAUGGUGGGCUGCCUCAGUCGAGAUGCUCCCCUAGGGAAAUGGUCAUAGCCACCACAGAAGAGAAAGCCAUCCCAUUGGACACCUCACCUCCUAGACACAAGCACUCCAAAACUUCAUCCAGCCCGCAUGUCUCGCCAGCUCGGCACUCCCUGCACCGCACACUGUCAGAUGAGAGCAUCUACCGAGGCACGUGCAGGUCGGCACUCGGCAGCCCCCUGCUGGAGCCCGAAUCGCCUAGCGACGUCCUCUUCAGCUGCUCCACUAUGCCGCGCUCCCCGACGACCCGCGGGCCACCCCUCCGCCGGCCCUCAUACAAGAUGGGCGUGAAACUGCACGGUGAUUUCUCAGCCUCUGACACCUCCCUGGCAGACCUGCACGAUCGUCGGAGCCCACAGCACCUGGGGUCGACUUUGUUGCCGCUCCCAACUACCCAUUCCAGCGGUGGGCUAGGGUGGACCAGCCUGGUGGACUGUGCAGAUGUCUUUGACAUCCGGAGUUCUGCAUUCUUUCCGAGUCAAGAGUCAAACAUCAGAGUAGAGACACCAUCCUCCAGCCCCAAGCACGGUGAACGGCACCUGGACCUGCAGUCAAGCUCCUCUGCCAGCUGUGACACCACUGCUGGCCUGGCUGGUAAAGUAACUCAGCUGGAGUCUUUGGUAAAACGGCUACAGGAACAUCUAAAAAAGGAGAGGGAAGAAAAGAUGAUGUUGCAGACCCAGAUCCAAAGUCUACGUCAAGAAAACCAGCGUCUGCUGCAGGAAUCCCAGACGGCCUCAGCUAAGCUCAAAAAGUUCACAGAGUGGGUCUUCAACACUAUUGAUAUGAGCUAAUCCAGAGUGGGAAGAAGGAAAAGUCUUUUGGCACCACUGUAAUAGAACCAAGGUAGACUCGUUCCAGUAUUCCAGUUGAAUAUGGGCAUUGUAGAGCUUAUUUCAAACUUUUUUUUUCAUCACAGGGUUAAAUGUACAGUGUCAUUUUUGAGAAUCGAGCCACUUUUAAUGUUUUUUUUGUUAGAUCUUCUUGUAUAUUUAUUGGUUUAGUGUUUUAUUUAUAAGUAAUCCAGACACUCAUGGAUUCAGAGAAAUUCUGCCUUCAGUUUUAGAUUUUAACUUGUGUUCAGUGCCAACUGAAAAUACGUACAGUAUAUUGUCUCUUCUGGACACAUUUUAUAAAGAGAAUUUAUGGUGUAUGGAA